CACACCUGCUGCUCACUGUGUUCUGCUAUCUACAUCAGCCAUGACAGGCUGGAGCUGCCUGGUAACAGGAGCAGGAGGCUUCCUAGGCCAGCGGAUUGUCCACUUGUUGGUGCAGGAGGAGGGGCUUCAGGAGAUCAGAGCCCUGGACAAAUUCUUCACACAAGACACCAAGGAAGAAUUCUCUAAGCUGAACACGAAGACAAAGGUGACAAUAGUAGAAGGAGACAUUCUGGACACUCAGAGCCUGAGGAGAGCCUGCCAGGGCAUCUCAGUUGUUAUUCAUACCGCUGCUGUCAUUGAUGUAUCUGGUGUCCUUCCUGCACAGAUCAUCAUGGAAGUCAACCUGAAAGGUACGCAGCUGCUGUUGGAAGCCUGUGUGCAAGCCAGUGUGUCAAUCUUCAUCUACACAAGCUCAAUAGAAGUAGCUGGGCCCAACUCCUACAAGGAGAUCAUCCAGGCCGCCCAUGAGGAUGACCAUCAUGAAAGCACCUGGUCUGCUCCAUACCCAUGCAGCAAAAGGCUGGCUGAGAAGGCUGUGCUGAAAGCUAAUGGCUGCCCCCUGAGAAAUGGUGGCACGCUGUAUACCUGUGCCUUGAGGCCCACAUUCAUCUAUGGAGAAAGAAGCCCAUUCUUGUUUUUUAUGAUGGAUAUGGCGCUCAAAAACAAUGGGAUACUGAAAGGUGUAGGCAAAUUCUCUACAGUCAAUCCAGUCUAUGUCGGUAAUGUGGCCUGGGCCCACAUUAUGGCCUCCAGAGGCCUCAGGGACAUUAAUAAGGCCCCAUACAUCCAAGGACAGUUCUAUUAUGUCUCAGAUGACACACCUCACCAAAGUUAUGAUAACCUCAAUUACAAUCUGAGCAAAGAAUGGGGCCUCUGCCUUGAUUCUGGCCCAAGCAUCCCUUUGUCUCUAAUGUACUGGCUUGCUUUCCUGCUGGAAAUGGUGAGCUUUCUGUUGAGACCAAUUUAUAAUUUUCAACCGCCCUUCACCCGCCACUUACUGACCCUGUCAAAUAGUGUGUUCACAGUCUCCUAUAAGAAAGCUCAACGCCACCUAGGGUAUGAGCCACUCUUCAGCUGGGAGGAAGCCAAGCGGAAAACAGGGGAGUGGGUUGGUUCACUAGUGCAGCAGCACAAGGGGACUUUGCAGACAAAGACUCAGUGAUGUGACCAUCAUAAGGAUGUGGUUCUUGUGACACGUGUUGCUUCUAUGUUCUUCUUCAAUCUGGCUUCCUCCAUAACUUGUCAAAGGCACAAGCACAGAUCCUAAAGUCUCACUGUAACACAAUGGCAACUUAUUGUCUCCAUAAGCAUACAAGAUGCCUAUUGGUCUUAUUUCCCCUUGAUAGACAUAGUGUUUUUUUCCUUUGAAAACCUUACACUGCUUAACA